UUCUAUGUGGAUCUCUGUGUAUUUCUGUGGAUCUCUGUGUUUCUCUGUGUUUCUAUGUGGAUCUCUGUGUAUUUCUGUGGAUCUCUGUGCUCUGGAUCAGACUGUAGAGUUUGUGGGUUGUGCCGGGUCUGUGAUCAGCACUAUCGACCCGGAUGCCUGUCUGUUUAUCAGGGAACAACGAUACCCUCAAGCUGUGUAUGUGUUGGGAGUGUGUGUGUGUGUGUGUGUGUGUUAGUUGUGUAUUUUUUGGUCUGAGAGACAUUUAAAUCUUUCUCAUAGAGGAAAAAAAGUACAGUCUCGUGUGUUUACUGCACUUCAUAGUUUAAUGAUGAUUCCUGAUCAAGUAGCAAGCAGCUGAUUGGAUGUCUGUCACGAUAUAUUGUCCCAUAAAUAAUCGUGAUAAACUAAAUAAUUGUCAUUUUAAUGGAUAUAAUAAUAAUUGAGCAGAAUGAAAGUGUAAAGCUCCACAAUAUUCACAGGUCUGUUCAUACAACCAAUCAGAAUACAGAGGAAAGGGAAAAAAAGGAUGAGUUUUCAUUUGUUAAUUUGGUUUGAACAGAGAGUUGUGUGAGAAUUGUGAGAAUACUCCAUAUAUUGUUAUAUAUUCUCUGUUAUAUAUCAUUCUGCAUAGUCUCAACUUAUUAGUAACUUAUAAUAACAUUAUAACAAUGGGACUCACUCAGUAUUACACUCUACUGUAUGUUUAUAAUGAAAGGUUAUAACCUAAUCAGACAGACAGGCCUAAUCAAUUAUCUGUUUCUUCUUCUUCUUAUCUUAGUUUAGUAUAAAUGUGAAGUAAAUGUAGAGCUGUUUAAAUGUGGAGUGACUGCUGGUUCUGCUGGUGCAUCUUAUCCAUUCUAUCUUGUUCACAAAUCAAAAAUAAAGAUCUCGAUUCUCAGCACGUCUCGGGGAAAUGUGGUUGAGUUCUGUUUUUGUCAUAUUGCCAAAUCUCAGGCCGCAGUGUUCCAGCUCUCUCUGUCUCUCCAUCGUUACGGUGAACUUAUUAAAGAGAAAAGCUGUAGAAAUGCACUGGAAUCCCUAAAAUUCAUGAGAAAAAGCCAAAGAGACAGAAGGACAGUUGGACCUCAGGAAUGGAGGAGACUGUGUGGGAGCAGUACACUGUGACGCUACAGCGAGAUGCUAAGAUGGGUUUUGGGAUAGCAGUAUCUGGGGGUCGGGACAACCCCAACAUUGACAGCGGUGAGACCUCCAUCAUCGUGUCUGAUGUUCUGCAGGGUGGUCCGGCUGAUGGAUUACUCUAUGAGAACGACCGGGUUAUGCAGGUCAAUUCCAUCCCUAUGGACAAUGUGCCUCAUUCCUUCGCUGUGCAGCAGCUCCGAAAAUGUGGGAAAGUGGCCAAAAUAACAGUGAAGAGGCCUCGUAAGGUUGCUGUCCUCAAGCGUCCUCCGUCCCCAGACAGGGACAGUCGGGACUACAACCUGUCCAGUUACUACCCCGAGGACAACCGCAGCACGCACAGCGACCCGGACUCGGACUACCCCCGAGGGAAUGGGGGCCUGGGCUACCCCCGAGAGCGCAACCGCAGCCUAGACAAGGCCAACAUGAGCUACCUGGACCCGGGUUACGACGCCGGGCGUCGGGAGCGCAGCCGCGGACGCAGCCUGGAGAGAUCCCCCAGCCCGGACCGGGGGCACCGACGGGACGGGAGCCGGGGACGCACCCUGGAGCGCGGCGGCAGCCCCGACAGCCGCUACCACCGGCAGCACAGCCGCGGGGACGGGGGGAGUCCUGCGGGAAGCUACGGGAGAGACCCGGGACCAGGAUACGACUCCAGGAGAUACGAACCACCGCGUUCAGACGACAGGAUGAUCAGGAGCCACAGCCGAGACCGACUGCAGGACCACUCGCCCUCGCCCAGCAGGGGCCGCGGGAAAGACUGGGGACAACUGGAGCCGUUGGACACGCCCAUCAACGUGCUGCUGGUGAAGAACCGGCCCAACGAAGAGUACGGUCUCCGAUUGGGCAGCCAGAUCUUCAUCAAAGAGAUGACCAGCACUGGACUAGCUGCCAGAGACGGAAGCCUGCAGGAGGGAGACAUCAUUCUCAAGAUUAACGGAACGGUGACGGAGAACCUGUCUCUGAGCGAUGCGGGGAAGCUGAUCGAGAAGUCUCGGGGAAAGCUGCAGCUGGUGGUGCAGAGGGACCACCGGCAGAUCCUGGUGCGAAUCCCGGCCCUCGCCGACAGCGACUCGGAGCCCGACGAUAUCUCAGAGAUGGAGUCGUAUCACUCGUACUCGCCGCAGGAGGACCAGAGGUCACGGCAGUCUGACCUCUCCUCACACUCCUCCACCGAGGUGCCGCGGGAGAACGCCAGGGAAGACCCACAGAUCAGACUCCCCAAGCUGGCUGCUCCUUCUUCUCCCUACAGGGGGGUGGAGGAAUCGGCUGCGGUGCAGGAAGAGCCCAAACCAGAGGAACCACCAGCAGCGGUAAAGACUACUCCCAAAAUCCUGCUGAGACCGAGUACAGAGGAUGAGGAGAUGUACGGGGCGAACACUCUGAUGGUGAGCUUCCAGAAGGGGGAGAGCGUAGGCCUGAGGCUGGCCGGGGGGAACGACGUGGGCAUCUUUGUGGCGGGCGUUCAGGAGGGCAGCCCUGCGGAGGAGGAGGGCCUACGUGUCGGAGAUCAGAUCAUGAAGGUGAAUAAUGUGGAUUUCCGGGGUAUAGUGCGUGAAGAGGCGGUGCUGUUCCUGCUGGAGCUGCCCAGAGGAGACAACGUCACCAUACUGGCACAGAGCAAACCUGACGUGUAUGAAGAUAUCCUGGUGUCGGGUCGGGGAGACUCCUUCUUCAUUCGGACGCACUUCGACUAUGAGAAGGAGCUUCCUCAGUGCCUGGCCUUCUGCAGGGGAGACAUCUUUAAGGUGGUGGACACGCUGUACGACGGAAAGCUCGGAAACUGGCUGGCCGUCCGAGUGGGAAAAGAGAACCAGCUGCUGGAGAAAGGGAUCAUCCCCAACAAGAGCAGAGCGGACCAGAUGACUAAUGUCCAGCACACUCAUAAAGGCUCGGGCAGCGACAGGGCUGAUUUCUGGAGGAUGCGUGGUCAAAGAGCGGCCAAGAAGAAGGAUUUACGCAAAAACAGAGAGGAUCUCAGCACUGGUCUGGCCUCCACCCGCUUCCCCGCCUACGAACGGGUGGUGCUGCGAGAGGCUGGAUUCAGGAGACCCGUGGUGCUGUUUGGACCCAUAGCCGACGCUGCCAGUGAGAAACUGGCCACUGAGCUCCCAGAUGAGUUUGUUGUUGCCAAAACUGAACCCAAAGAUGCUGGAUCAGAGAAGUCUUCCGGGGUGGUGCGUCUCAAUACCAUCCGACAGAUUAUCGAACAGGAUAAGCACGCCCUGCUAGAUGUGACGCCGAAAGCCGUAGACACGCUGAACUACACUCAGUGGUACCCCAUCGUCAUCUUCUUCAACCCGGACAGUAAACAUGGAGUGAAGGCCAUGAGGCAGAGGAUCAUGCCUAAUUCUAACCGCAGUGCCCGAAAGCUCUUCGACCAGGCGCUCAAGCUCAGGAAAUCCUGCUCACACCUCUUCACCGCUGUUAUCGACCUGAACGCAGCCAACGAUGCGUGGUACGGCAGUGUGAAGGAGUGUAUUCGGCAGCAGCAGACGCAGGCGGUGUGGGUGUCUGAGGGGAAGCUGGACGGGACAGAGAGGGACCUUGAUCUUCACGAUGAUCGCAUGUCUUAUCUGUCGGCCAUGAGCGCCGACUAUCUGAGCAUGGACAGCCGCGUGACCAGCGACUACGACGACACGGCGGACGAGGGCGGGACCAACACCGAUAACGAGCUCGACGAGCCAAUCGAGCGCCAGAGAGUCUCGGCCAUCAGCAGAUCCUCUGAGCCCGUCAUGCCAGAGGAGAUCCUCAGGAAGUCCAGCCCGGAGAUCCGGUUCCACUCCCGAGCCGGCGUGGCCAGCAGAGCGCCGCAGAGCGAGGGCAGCCCCCCCGUGAUGUCCACCUUCCUCCCCGACCCCUCCAAGGUGAAGCUACUAGCUCAAGGGGAAGCAUCACGUGGGCACUACAACCCAGUCCGGAUCUACGACCAUCAGUCCAACCAGCCCCCCAACAGCCCUGUAGCCAUUCCAACCAACAGCCCAGCAAUCAACGCCACCAUCAUCCCAACCAGCAACCCAACCAGCAACCCGGGGAACCACCUGGUCAGCCACGAACCCCUCCGGCUCCACGACUCGCCCACCAAACCCCCACCACCCCCCGUAUCUCUAAAGCCCUCCUCCGUCUCCCGCACCUCCAGAGGGCCAGCGGAAAGCCCACCCCUCAGGGACCAUGAGCCCCCAGACGUGAGCCCCGAGGACCCGUCCAAGAGGUCCUUCAUGGGCAAACUGAGAGCCUUCGAGAAGAUGGACCACAUCGCCCGGGCACAGAGGGUACUGGAGCUACAGGAGGCACAGAACGCUCGGGUGGAGAUUGCACAGAAGCACCCAGACAUCUAUGCUGUCCCAAUAAAAGCCCAGAAACUGGACCACAGCAGACCACAGCCUAUUGGAUCCAGCUCACGGCCGGAGCCCCAGACUCCUCCCUCCAGAGCGCCGUACUCGGAGAACUGUCCGCCCUGCCCCGGCAAAGAGGAGGGGGGGGGGGAGGAGCACAGGCGGCGGGCGGCUGACCAAUCCAAGCUCGGCUAUUAUCCAGACGCACACAAAUAUCAGGACACAGAGCUGUAGAGCCUCCGUCAGCUUCAGCUCCACACAUUCUCCACCAUUCCACCAGGCUCCGGCCUGCACCCGACUGCUGCACCCGACUGCUGCACCCGACCGCUGCUGCUGCUGCUGCUGCUGCUGCUGCUGCGACACGGAAGCCUUUCUGCGUUUACUUUCCUCACACUGCCCUCGCUUCCUUCCUUUUUCACUUCAGAGAAGAGCUCUAUUUUUCCCUCAUAUUUCUUUUAAAAUAUAUAUAUAAAUAUAUAUACUCAUAUACAGUGGUGUGAAAAAGUAUUUGCCUCCUACAGAUUUCCUUUGUUUUUGCUUUGUUCUUUGUCAUACUGAUAUUUUUCUGAUUAUCAAACAAACUUUAAUACCAGACUAAAGCCCUGUCCAGACUUCUACUCUUUAGUGAUAAAACUCCGCAUCCGGACUGCAAUUGAAAAAACAGGAGGACCAGUGAGUUUUUCAAGGCCUUUUCUGGGUCACAUGACAUCAUCGCAGUUCAGUAGCUCCUCCAUUUCCACUCAAUGUUGUGUUUUUUUUUUUUUACGUGGAUCUCUAUGGAAACGAGCUGCGCCCAAAGUUUACAGUAAUUACGGUACGCAGCAGUAGACAAAUAGCUAUUCUGCUGUUUUAUUACAGGCGAGGAGACGAAACUCUAGAUAAUUUAGCCUGUAAUUUUUUAUCUCAGAGGACGUCUGAGAAAAACACGUACAUGAUCGUUCUGGACGGGAAUAAAAAAACAUCACAGAUGAUAAAAAAAA